AGAGGAGCGCCCCACUGCUCCGCCACCGCAGGAAGCGGUGCCUCGCGAGGGAUUCACGAACAAAGUUGCGGGUCCCCCGCCCCACCCCCCUCCCCCGCUCUUGUCACCAGCGCAAGCCGCCACCCCCGCCCAACCAUGCUGGAGGACAAGAAGUCCAAGGUGAGGGUGACCUUCUUCAUCAUCCUGGUAGGAAUCACAUCCAUGUUCGCCGCCGUUGUGUCAGACCACUGGGCGGUCCUAAGCCCGCGGGUGGAGCGGCUUAACACCACCUGCGAGGCGGCACACUUUGGCCUCUGGCGCCUCUGCAAGAAGAGCAUCUUCAUGACGGCGGAGGACCCGGAGGGUAAGGGCUGCGGCCCCAUCAGCCUGCCUGGAGCCAAAAACUGCUCCUACUUCAAACACUUCACAUCAGGGGAAGCGGCCGAACUUUUCGAAGUUAAAACCCAGAAAGAGUACAACAUUUCGGCUGCAGCCAUCGCUGUCUUCAGCCUGGCCUUCAUGAUGCUGGGCACUCUGUGUCUCCUCGGCUCCUUCGGCAGGGGUCGCGACUACCUGCUGCGACCUGCUGGAAUGUUCUUUGCCUUUGCAGGUCUGUGCAUAAUCAUCUCGGUGGAGGUGAUGCGCCAGUCUGUGAAACGGAUGAUCGAGAGCGACGAGACCAUCUGGAUCGAGUACUAUUACUCGUGGUCUUUCGCCUGCGCCUGCUCCGCCUUCAUCCUCCUCUUCCUCAGCGGUGUCGGCCUCCUGCUCAUCUCCAUGCCGCACAUGCCCCGCAACCCCUGGGAAACCUGCAUGGACGCCGAGCCGGAGCCCGUCGAUUAAAGCACCGGGGUAAAACAGCCACGUGUACUAGAGUGCCUCUCCGUCUCGGGAUCCACGCGACCUUUCCGAGCGAUGAGAAAGACGCACCACAACUAGACAAGCAGAACGUCAUCGCCCGAUUGUGGAUUUUUCUUUGCUCAUGUUGGCCUUAUUGUUUCGGGAGCGCUAAGCUUAACGUAGCAAUAUUUCAAUGUACUCUUCAACGUGUAAACGUUUGUGCGUUACCUGCAUGCGCUGCUUUCGCGCCCUUGCGGAUCCAUCCAUCGUACGCUUCUUACGAGAAUCUGCUUACCGUGGUACGGCGAUCCAGAGGCGGUUUUGACGAGCGCGGGGUAAAUCCGCAAUGGGGUGCCGCGCCACGGAUCAGUUUGGUCGUUAACUCAAAUUCCACCGUCCAUAUAUUACUUAACUCCAUUUGCACUCACCCAGCUCAUGCAGGUGUGUGGACUGAUAGCCAGUGAGUCCAGGAAAAUGGGACAGUGCAGCUCACAAAAUUCUGCAGACCAGGAGUUCUGAACCUGGGGUCUGUCAAUGGGCUCCAGAGGGGGUCCCUGAAGGUGUGAGCGAAUUUUUUUUCCCACUUUCUUCCUGGGCGUUUUUCUAGGAGCGGCUCUUAGCGUUCAUCCAGUUUUUGAAGGGGUCCGUGGCCCGAAGAAAGCCAAGAGCGGGAAGAGUGCGGUUCAUCCCAUGAUCCUCAGCCGCUGCGUCUCACACAAAUGGGAGCCUCACAUUGCUAUUUGCGCGCGGUGUAUUUCUCGCACCGUGUUUGCGCCUUGACCCCGGUCGAUGAGGCCGGAGCCGGACUUGCUCGUCCGUCACAGCGGUGUUGACCGCUGACGCUCCAUCCCUCCGAAACGUCCGCUGCUUCUCUUGCCAAACUGGACGGCCUCCAGCGUUUGCAGGUGCAAAAAUGUAAAGGAAUGCAGAGGGUCUUUUUCUUCCUUUCUUUCUUUCUUUCUUUCUUUCUUUCUCUCUUUUUCUUUUUAACAAAUGCAAGCAGGCAUAAUCCCUUUCCUCGCAGGGGACCCCCAUGGUCUGCACAGCGUUGUCCUCUUUUCAGUUUCAAACCACGCAAAUUGGGGAGAAACUCCCCUUUCUAGCAUAGUGGGAUAUAGGUAGUGCAGAGUCCUGAGACUUUAAUAUUUAAAAAGAGCAUUAAAAGUUAUAAUGAAAGCCCUUGUUAAGCAGCGCAAAGCUUUCCAGCCUCUUUUUACCUCCUGUCCCAUGAUGUGUUAUUUGCAGUAAGUGGCUCAUUAAUUCGCGUGCGGACUCAACACCUACACUCGCUGCGGUUGAUUUCAGGGUGGAGAAGUCUUGCUGGGCACGAAAACGGUUCAGAUUUCACGUCUGGUUUUCGACUAAACGAACUCACAGCAAAUAUGAUGUGCUUGAACGGUUGCGCAGGCAAUUGUUUAUUCAUUGGUUUGUUUAUUUAGCUCAUUGGCAAUUAAGGUUUAUGGCAUUUGUGUUCAGUUUAUUCAGUCACAUGUGUUUAUCUCCGAAUAAAAGGAUGAUUCAAUAUUUUUUAGAUCUACACAACAUUAGAUGUUAGAAGUGAUGGUUCAAAUCUGGAAGCUCUUCCUCUGUAACUGUGUCAUCGACUCAUCCAUAAGGAACGAAGACUUUAAAAUACCUUCCUUGCAUGUGUCAAAUGCAGCUAUGCUAUUA